UUAUAGUUGCUCCCUAUAAAAAGGCUAUAUAUCAUGAGCCUUCAAACACAACAUUCUGUCCUUCACAAUAACAAUAAUCCUUCAUUUAUAUCCAAGAAAGAUCAAAAUGUUAGCGAGGUCUCUGCUCUGCCCCCUGAUUACUAUAGUUGCCCUGGCCUUAGCACCCCGAUCAUAUUCUAACCAAACCCAAACCCAAUCUUCUUCUGUAGCCCUAACAUCCAACACACUCGCGUACCAUGGAGGCCCUCUUUUGACAGAACCCAGUGUUAUCAAUGUCUACCUUGUAUGGUAUGGAUUUUUCUCCAUAAAAGACAGAAAUUCCAUACUUGAUUUCUUUGCUUCUUUCAACCCCGAGGUCAUUGAUCCCCAUCUAAAGCCCAGUGUCUUAACAUGGUGGAAAAUAACUGGUUCUUACAAGGACAAGGCUCAGAAGCCUGUUUCUAGGGCUUUUAGAGUCGUUAAACAAGUUGCCGAUGUAUAUUCUUUGGGCAAGAAUAUCAGGCGUGCCCAAAUAGCUGACGUUGUCAAGAACAAUAUAAAAGCCAAAAGACUUCCUGAAGACUCUAAAGGUUUUUACCUAGUUUUGACCUCUAAGGACACAAUCGUGGAGAAAUUUUGCAGGGAUUCCUGUGGGUUUCAUGACAGUGCUCAGCUCUCCAAGGUUAAAGUAGUAUAUGCACAUGUAGGAGACUCGGGACAGUGUCCUGGAUUUUGUGCCUGGCCUUAUGCAGUUCCAGCUUAUGGUCCAGGGCCUGCCCUGGUGGCACCUAAUGGUGUUAGUGCUGAUGGGAUUAUUAUAAACAUUGCAACUGUUCUUGCAGGAGCUGCUACCAACCCUUAUAAGAAUGGUUACUUCCAGGGCAAUGCCUUGGCACCACUGGAGGCUGUCUCCGCUUGUCCUGGAAUAUUUGGUGCUGGAGCUUAUCCAGGAUAUCCUGGAAAGUUGAUCGUUGAUAAAACUAGCAAGGCAAGCUAUAACGCUUACGGUGCCAAUGGCAAGAAAUUUCUCCUUCCAGCAAUUUGGGACUUGCCGACCUCGGUCUGCAAGGCUGUUGCCGCUUGAUUUAAAAUUUACAGGAAGAGAUAGCAAGUAAAAGAUUAUACGGCAUUAUGCAGAAAAUGGUUCUAUGUUGAAAAUUUGCUUGUGUGACAGAAAACUGCUAUAUCGAGAAUUUGGAUAUAGCAAAUAUAAAGUGUACGUACCAACUACCAAUUAUCGAUUAAGAGAGAAAAGGGCAUCGUCUUGGUAAUAAUACAUACAUAAUUUGAUUGUUAUGAAUA